AUGACGGGGACUGGCAUACCGUUCAUUGCACCCUUGUUUCAGCAAGCCGGGUGGGCAAUCCCUAUACUGCUAUUCGUGUUCUUCGGGAUUGUUGCUACGUUUUGCUCGCUGUUUAUCAUCGAGGCUAUGCAGGCCAUACCUGGUAACCGAUACUUUCAAGGCACUGUCGAGUUUGGUACUUUGAUCAACUUUUACUUUGGUCCUGCAUCACAUGUUGCUGGGCAGAUAUUCCUGUAUGGAGCGCUGGAAUCGUCGGCUAUACAGGCUAUUAUUUUAUCUGCUCAGACAUUCGACAACAUCAUCAUUGACAUCUUCAAACGAUCAUGUGGUGUAUCAUUUGGUCCUGAUAGUGGAUGGUUUUGUGUUUCGGAAUUAUCAUCGGGAUCGCCAUAUGGAAAUGAAUGGAUGCUUUGUACUGGUGGUUUGAUAUUGGUCGCCAUUCUUUGUGUUCCAAUGGGACUGGUCGAUUUGGACUCGAAUGUCUGGUUACAGAUAGUUUCCUUUGCCAUCAUGGUGUUGGUUUUUAUACAGUGGGUGGUUAGUGGUGCAUUGGCUGGAUCCAAUGGCAGUGUCCCUGCUAUAGGUGCUGGAUUUCAAUCUGUUGUUGGUGUUAUCAUGCUCAACUUUGCUUUCACAACGAUUGUGCCGUCUUGGGUGAAUAUCAAGAUGAAGGAUGUGAAUACUCAGGGGACUUUAUGGUACUCUGUAUCUAUUGGUCUUGUGUUUUACUUGGUUAUUGGCAUCAUUCCUGGCUUGGCAUUCAACAUCCCAAACGGCUCAAACCUUCUCCAAGUGCUAACAACCCAAGGAGUUCCGCAAACCCUCUCAAAAGCAACAACCUACAUCUUCUCCAUCGUCGCUCUAGUAACCUCAAUCCCAGUCUUUUUCAUCGUCGCUCGUGAUAAUCUAGUUCAGAAUCGAGUAUUAGGAAGAUCAUCAGCAACAUUUGUUGCAUUUGUACUGCCAUGGAUUGUUGCGAUUCCGUUUCAAUCCGGUAGCUCGUUGACGUAUUUCGUUAACUGGAGCUCUCUUAUAUUUACAUCUGUUGCCAACUUUAUUAUUCCGUUGGUCAUAUAUUUGAGGUGUCUCAAGUUUCGGAGAGGAUAUAAUGAGAAUCGAGUCUUGACGGGACAUCAAAAGUCACUUUUAAAAGCAAUCCAUUUUGCUUCGAAUACCAUUCAAAGAGGUAUCGACGACGGGAGUAUUGAUCCAAACUAUGAUGGCCUACCACCUGUAACACCCGACACACCACUUCCAUUCUGCUUCGUAGUAGAAGACACAACCUCUGACGAGGAUACCACAACAACUACCAGAACAACAGGUGUCCGUCGUCUACCAAAAUUGAAGACAGUCAUGGAAACACCUAAUAUCGCAGCAGUAGGAACAACAACAGGCAGUGAAGACAGCCGCAGAGGAACAACGAGAGUAUCAAGCACGUCGAGUCCACAGACAUCGUUUACUGGACUACGUGUAUCUUUAGGUGACGAAGAGCUACAAGAACAGCUGCAGCAACAGGAACAAGAUGGUAUAAUAAUAGUAGAAGACACAACAGAUUCAGACGCAUUCCCAACAACCUCAACAACCACAACAACGCUACAUACACGAAUAACAGGCACAACACUCCUAGUUGAUGCUGAACCACUCCCGCAACGAGGUAGAGGAUCAAUACUGCGAGGUUUGCAAACCAUCAUGAGACCAUCAGCUGCUGAACGAGACAUUCCAUUUGUAUCUACUGGUACUGAAAGUAGUACUGUGUCUGGUACGGAUGAUGAUGCUGCACUGAAACGAAUUCUGAGAGAUGAUGUGCCGGAUCCGGAUCGUGAUGAUGAAGUGAGGAGGGGUGUUACGAAUAGGUUGUUGUCGAGGGUUAAGCCUACUGGUGGGAGUGUUGCGUGGAGGAAUGGGGAUGAGAGGUCAAAGGCGUCGUAUAAGAACAAUGCAUUGAUGGUACCUCCCAGCAACAACAGUCUACCAUUCGUGACAAACAUAAUCCCAAACAACAACACCAACCUACCAUUCGUGACAAACAUAAUCCCAAGCAGGAACCACAGUCUCCCAUUCGUGACAAAUAUAACUCCAACCCCUGCCAGCCACAACAGACAUCUUCCGUUCGUAACCAACGUCCCUUUAUCAAGCAUAUACAACCAACAGCAAAUACCAGAAGACACGGAAGAAAACCACGCAAUGAGAUCCCGCCUCUCCUCCCUAAUACCACGUCGCAUGAGAGGCGAAACCGUCGAACUCUCCACGAUAUCCGAAUCUGAAACCCUCAUAAAUAACACCAACAACAAUAACGACAAUACAACUCUAUCAUCACCAGCAAGCAACCACACAAUCACCAGCAUCCACAGUAACAAUAGCAUAACAACACGACCAACUCACAAUAAUAGGAAGAUUCAAUUCUCAUCGCCAACGUCACCAACAGAUUCAUCUUCAACGGGCCAAGGGUUUAAUGAAUUGGCAUCGAGAAAGAUUACGCAAUUGACUGAUGCUGGGUUUGUGACGAAUACGGCGUUCAGGGCUUUGCCGAGUUGGUUACCUGUUAGAGGUGGGACGCUUGCGACAGUGUUUUUGUUUGUUACGACGGUUGUUACGGUGUUGAAUCUGGUGUUUAAUAUCUUGCAGGCUGCUGGGCUUGCUCAGUGA